AUGGCUCGCACAUCUCACACACUCAAGCUUUCCGGUGUGCGCGGCGGGUGCAUCGAACUCACGCUGACGGAUGCGUUUUUGUGCGUGCAGCGCACUGGUCACUUCAAUCGUAAAGAAUACGAGACUGAUACGAGAAACGUGCUGUGGGCGGAGUGCGCUGGGACGAUGGUCGAGAUCUCGCUCCUGGUGCGCAAGAGCGCGAAGGCAGCGUGGUCGUUUGUCCAGCUGAACGGCCGGUGCGCGCAUGGCGAAGAGGGCACUGCGUGUGCAUUUACGGAUCUGCUCAUGACGGCGGCAUAUGCAGGUACCAAGCGCCAGAGGAGACUGCGUGUACUGGUGAACCCUCACAGCGGCUCUGGAAACGCAGUCUCUAACUACUCAAAGAAAGUCGAGCCAGUCCUCCGUGCCUCCCGCUGCCUCGUCGACGUAACAUUCACUCGUGAUCGCGGGCACGCCACAGAGAUCGUGAAAGAGCUCCCACUAGACGACUUCGACGCGAUCGUUACCGUGUCGGGCGAUGGGCUCAUUCACGAGGUGAUGAACGGUUUCGCCGCGCGCGCGGACGCUGAGAAGGCAUUCCGCACCCCUGUUGCGCCCAUACCGUGCGGAUCGGGAAAUGGACUGUCGCUGGAUCUCCUUGGGAUACAGGAUGGGUCCGACGUCUUUGCAGCGGCCUUGAACGCUGUCAAAGGCCAGCCGAUGAGCGUGGACUUGAUGUCGGUGCAGCAGAACACCGAGCGGGUAUACUCGUUUAUGACACAGACAGUUGGUCUACUGGCUGACGUCGAUCUGGGGACCGAGAACAUGCGAUUCCUGGGUUCUGGACGCUUCUUGCUAGGAUUCCUGCGCGGAGUCAUCACCAUGAAGCAUUGCCCGGUAACGCUCUCCGUCAAAGUCGCAGAGUCUGACAAGACCCAGAUGGUACACGCCCUUCACGCCUCACGCGCGCGUUUCCUCCCGCAAAAGUCCAACCCCCAUCAUUCGCAAUCACCAAGCUAUGGAAGCGCGACCAGCGUCGACCCGAACGGCAAGGAUCCGGGUUCCGCAUCGACGGCGGCGCUGCCCGCGCUGGACUACGCGUCGAGUGCGGACACGGACGGGUGGAUUACGCUCACGUGCCCUCUGCUGUACGUGUAUGCGGGCAAGGGCCCGUUCGUGUCGCGCGAAUUCAUGCAGUUUCCUGUGUCCGUGCCCGAUGACGGGCUCAUCGACGUCGUAGCGCAGGAGGUGGGCUCGCGCAGGGAGUUGCUCGAGUCCAUCUCCACCGCGCCGCAGGGCGGGAACUUCUGGCUCGAGCAUCAACACUACUUCAAGGCGCAUGCGUACCGCAUCGAGCCGUACAAGCCCGGCGGAUGCUUCGCCGUCGACGGCGAGGCAUAUCCAUUCGCACCGUUCCAAGUGGAGGUGCAUCGCGGGCUCGCGACGCUGCUUAGUCCGUGUGGAUAUUACCAAGCCAAGUUCGACUUCCCUAGCGACUAUGAAACUAGGAAGGAUACGGAUGACGAGGAAGCGGGUUGCUUCGUAUGUGCAAGCUAG